GCGAUGGCGGCGGCAGCAGCUGCGGCGGCGGCGGUGGCGGCCCUGUCGGCCCUGGGGGUGCGGCUGUCGCGCUCGGCGGCGGCGACCCGCGGCUCGUAUGGCGCCUUCUGCAAGGGGCUCACGCGCACGCUGAUCACCUUCUUCGACCUGGCCUGGCGGCUGCGCACCAACUUCCCCUACUUCUACAUGUUGGCCUCGGUGAUGCUCAACGUCCGCCUGCAGGUGCAUAUUUAGAGCAACUAACUUGGUGGCGUUCGGGGGUCCCCGAAGGAUGGCUGGCUUCCGCCCCCCGGCUCGCCGGCUCGAGAGCACCGCGGCCAGUGGACUCGCACACGCAGACUCGCCGGGCUGCCUUUGCACUGCGUUGUCUCUCCACGGAUAUGCGCGGCUAGAAAUCAGCAGUUGGGGAAAGCCUACAGGAGAACCAAAAAAGCCGAAGAUCGAAUGAAAAGGUGAUUCUCUAGGAAAUAGAUACUUCAAGGAACAGGAGAGAACUUUAAACUCUGAAAAUCCUCAGAAAUACUUGAGACGUUCUUGCAGCGGUAAAUCACAAACCAGCCCGAACGUGAGGAAGCGCCGGUGGUCUCGGGAUGCCCGAAGGGGGAACACAAGAGGCAGGGUUACUAACGACCAAAAGGUGAGCCAACUGUACAGCCACGGUCCGAUUGGGAAAGCAAAUCUUCCAAAUUCGAAUAAGAUGUGAACAGACUUGGAACUGAAUAGAAUGAAUCCUAAGCCAUUAGAUGGACUGAGAAGCUGGAGGAAAUUAAUAACGUGAUCUGGAAGGCACACAUGACUUCAUCCCCAAGGCCAAGUCAGCGGCGAACAGAAACUACAGGGGAAGACGAACAUUUCGAACUGUACAAGGAAAGCAGGCUUCGAAUAGAAAGCAACCUCAGACGUGGCCGGGUUUUGAACAGCUGCCAGGAGCGGGAGAGAGGGAAUCGGCUCGAACCCUGAUGGGCACGUGCAGCGCUCACCGAGGAGACCCGUCACCCCGGGCGGCUCAGCUCUUCAGUGAACCGUAUUUGAAUAAUCAAUCAUUCCGAUGGAAAUAGAAGUGAAGGUUUUGCGUUUUUAGACCAAAUCUGUUAGCUAAGCAGGGAAGGCUUCAUGACGGUGAUAGAACCGGACGGGAAGGUUAGCCGCUUGGACAGUGCACAGCCCAGGCAACAAGUGGGCAGGCAGAGAGGAGGAAAGCAGGAAGUGAAGAAGGAAGUCCAGAUUCUGUCCCAGUUGAAAGAAUAAGGCAGGUUUAGGGAUCGUAUUAUUAAAGCCAGCAAGGUAGCCAACAGGAGAUUUAAAAAUAGUGAUUCAGCGGUAGUGAGGGGGGAGGGGGCUGCUGGGACGGCAGGAAGUCAAAAUCCCUCACUUUAUCAAGUCAAAAAGUAGUCAUAAAAGCCUAUUCUUAAGGAAGAAAGGAGGUAACCACCAAACAGGUAAACGUUUUUGCCUCUGAUUUGGGGAACUGAGUUGAGCAGGAUGGGCGGGGAUUUACUACUUUUUCACUAUGUAUCUUUUUUUUUUUCACUAUCGGAUUUUUUGAAAACUAUGUAUGUAUUGCUUUGAUUAAAAAUUAAAACUUAUUAAAAA